AUGGCUCAGUCUGAAGGCGUAGUGGAUUUAAAUGUCGCUACUACAACUUUGCACGUACAGAAGCGACGUCUAUACGAUGUCGUAAAUGUUCUCGAAGGUAUUGGAUUGUUGGAGAAAGCUCGAAGGAAUGUAGUGAUAUGGAGAGAUCGCUUUUUCGAAGGAGAGGAUGUUCUUAAAGACCUUAGAGACCAAUGUGAUAGUUUGAAAGCUGAAGAAAGUUUGCUAGACGAUGUGAUUAAGCAGCUAGGAACAGAUGUGAGGAGUAUGAAAAAAGAUCCUCUCGCCUACGUUCACAUAAGCGCUUUUCGUUCUUUGCCAAGAUUUAUUGAUCAGACAUUGAUGGCGAUCACUUCUUCCCCAGAUACGGUAUCAUCCAUUGCAGUGCGAAGUUUGCACGGAACGCAACAUUUCGAGUUUCUCAUGAAAACUGAUAAUGCCACACCUUUGCGGGGUUUUCUGUGUCCCCCACAGGCAAAGUUGCUCAUUGAUAUGGAGCGAUUCCUAUUUAGAAAAUGUGAAAUACAGGAAUUUCCUUCAAAUCAAAAAACAACGUGCAAAGGCGAGAGUUUUAAGAUUUGGCACUUCUUAAAGGAAAAUGCUUCUCAAUCUGGGUCGACUUUGGAGGAUGAUAGCAUGCCGUUUCUAGUUAAGCAGGAACCUCGCAUUUGCUAUCAAAAGUAG